AUGACGGUAUCAUUUGCCACGGUGUCGAUGCUGUUGUUGUGAAAGAACCCCUCAUGCACAGGGUAAUCCAGUCCACAUUUCCCCUCUACCCCGUCUGGCUCGCUGGCAGGUCUUGUUUACUGGCGCAAAGACAGGAAAGGGGAUCCUUGGAGAGACGAGGCAUGUCAAUCUUCUAACGUAGCUACCUCUAAUGUGGGGAAAAAUAUUUUUCAUUUUAUUCAGUGUCUAUUUUGGACUUGGUGGAUUUGCGGUGUGUAGCAGAAGACAUUGUUGAAUCACAACCAAGACGUUGCACUUGGUUUACAUGGAUAGGAAUUGCAGAAUGGCUCGCUAACCUUAGUUCUACAGCUCAGUGAAGCAAGCAGUGAGGUGGACGCCUGAAAUCUCAGCACUGAGUUGAGCCAACACCACGGGGACGGCCCUUUCUUCGUGCACGUACAAUGCUCGACGGUGGACUUCAGAUGCGGAUUCUCUUCCCUUUCGCCUGUAAAUGGUCAGGAUUUUAGUGUUUGGUCAAAGAAGUGUUGUGGCACACAUCACGGUCGGACAGCUGCUGCAUGCGAAGCGUAUUGACCCGUGAAUUUACUACGCCACGCUUGCUAGCUAACGUUACAUGGGCCAAGUUGUCAGCAGGACCUCAGAGGAACAACUGCCUAGGAUUAAUAUAUUAAGCUUUGAGAACAUUGUCUGACGUUAACUUCUUGUAGCAUUUUGAGUGAGUACGUGACUCCUCAUUUGAAAACUGAGUAGUUCUGUUUAGGGAAAUUGCAAAAGGAUUGCUUUCCUGCUGUGACAAACAAAUAACUUUAUUUUGGCCUGCGGAGGUAGCUAGCCAACCAGUUAGCAGCAGUGAAGUUAAACGGCGUUGGCUAGCCUGCUAGCUGUGCUAGCUGAUCCUUCUGAUCUGAUUCGCGGGUGGUUUGCUACGGAUUUUUCUCGAGGAAACCAGGGAUUCAGACAACACUGCCGAACUGAUGCAACUACCCUGAAAGGAAGACCACACUUAUAUCUUCUCAAAAUGUUACCUGCAUAUAUUCUCUCGCUAAUAUAUGGGUACUUUGAGUCGUUAGAUUUGUGUAGUUAAAGUUGCUAGCAAACGUUAGCUAAACAAUCUUUUCACAUCGUCGAGUUAAGCUAGCUAGCUAGCUGACUAGCUGAAUGCUAGUGGAUUGAACACGUUGGACUUUCUUCUCCGCCCAUUUUGGGGGGUGACAGAGGAUUUUUAUCAGCCAUAUGUUGUUGUUUUAAUAAACAAUCACCAUAAGACGGUACUCUUUUCGGAUUGUCCAUAAAUCGAACUUCACUGCGCUGAACAGUUGGUACAAUUCAGCAGGGGUCAUGAUGCGGCUGCGGACUUUGAUUGUUUUGGUGGCGUCUGUCUGCAUUUUAUGGAGUGUUCUGCCAGCAAAUGGAGAAGUUUGUCCGAGUAUAGACAUCCGAAACAACACGACGGCGCUGGCGCUGCUCUCGAACUGCACGGUGAUCGAGGGUCACCUGAAGAUCCUGCUCAUGUUCCGAACCAAACCCGAGGACUUCCGGGGCCUCAGCUUCCCGCGCCUGACCAUGAUCACCGACUACUUGCUCCUCUUCCGCGUCUACGGCCUGGAGAGCCUCAGCGACCUCUUCCCCAACCUCACGGUGAUCCGCGGCAACACGCUCUUCUUCAACUACGCCCUGGUGGUGUUUGAGAUGCUGCAGCUGAAGGACCUGGGCCUGCACAGCCUGAUGAACAUCACGCGCGGCGCCGUGCGCGUCGAGAAGAACCCCGACCUGUGCUACAUGGCCACGCUCGACUGGUCCAAGGUGCUCGACUCCGUGGAGGACAACUACAUUGUGGAGAACAAGAACGCGCGGGAGUGCGGCGACAUCUGCCCCGGCACGGCGAAGGGCAAGACCACAUGUCAGCAGACCACCAUCAACGACCACUUCAGUGAACGCUGCUGGAACCUGCAGCACUGCCAGCGCAUGUGCCCGUCCUCUUGUAAGCACCGCGCCUGCUCCCGCGACGGCCACUGCUGCCACGACCUGUGUCUGGGCGGCUGCACGGAGCCCGGCCUGCCCAACAGGUGCGUGGCGUGUCGGCACUACCUGCACCGGGACACCUGCGUGGAGCGCUGCCCCCCUGGCUACUACACCUACAACGCCUGGCGCUGCGUGUCGGCUCGGUUCUGCCAGGACCGGUACCAGCAGUGCAAGGACGCCAACGGCACCAGCUGCCAGCACCACGUCAUCCACCAGGGGGCGUGCCUGGCCGAGUGCCCCUCGGGGUACACCACCGCCAACGCCACCUCGCUACACUGCACCCCCUGUGCGGGUCUCUGUCCCAAGGUGUGUGUGGGCCGCAAGACCAUCGAGUCUGUGACCACGGCCCAGGAGCUGCGGGGCUGCACCGUGCUGAACGGCAGCCUGGUCAUCAACAUUCGGGGCGGCAAUAACGUGGCGGCGGAGCUGGAGGCGAGUCUGGGGCAGCUGGAGGAGAUCACGGGCUACCUGAUGGUGCGCCGCUCCUACGCCCUCGUGUCCCUCUCCUUCCUGCGCAAGCUCAGCGUCAUCCGCGGGGAGACACAGGAGGGCGGUAACUACUCCUUCUACGCUCUGGACAACCAAAACCUUCGGCAGCUGUGGGACUGGAGCAAGCAUAAGUUGAAGAUCCUGAGCGGGCGCAUGUUCUUCCACUACAACGCCAAGCUCUGCAUGUCCGAAAUACACAAGAUGGAGGAGGUGACGGGGACCAAGAGUCGCGGCGUGAAGAAUGAUAUUGCGCCCAAGACCAAUGGAGAUCAAGCUCCAUGUGAGACGGCUCAGCUGAAGAUCACCACGGUCCGCACCACGUAUGACAAGAUCCUCAUCCGCUGGGAGCCCUUCUGGCCCACAGACUUCAGAGACCUGCUGGGCUUCAUAGUGCUCUACAAGGAAGCGCCCUUUGCGAACGUGACUGAGUUUGAUGGGCAGGACGCGUGCGGUUCCAACAGCUGGGUGAUCCACGACCAGGAGGCCCCGCCCCGGAAGCAGGAUGGCGAGCCGCAGCCCGACCCGGGCCACCUCAUUCAGAACGUCAAGCCCUGGACGCAGUACGCCAUCAUGGUCAAGACCCAGCUGUCCGCCUCGGACGACCACCAGGUCCACGGAGCCAAGAGCCCCAUCUUCUACGUCCGCACCAAUGCCACCAAGCCAUCCGUGCCUCUGGAUCCCAUCUCGUCGUCCAACUCGUCGUCUCAGAUCCUGCUGAAGUGGAAACCUCCCAACGACCUCAACGGCAACAUCACCCACUACCUGGUGUACUACCAGCAGCUCUCAGAGGCCAGCGCACUCUUCAAGGUCGACUACUGUCAGAAAGGCAUGAAGGCCCCGUCGCGCAUGGCUACGCAGGUGGAGAACGAGGAGGAGCAGCGGCGUAACCAGACGGAGGAGCAGAGCCAGAGCGGCCAGUGCUGCGCCUGCCCCAAGACCGAGAAGCAGCUCAAGAAGGAGGCAGAGGAGUCCGAGUACCGCAAGACCUUCGAGAACUACCUGCACAACGAGAUCUUCAUCCUCAGGCCGUCCCGUCAGCGCCGGUCGCUAGGCAGCGUAGCGAACCGCUCCGUUAUCGUGACGACCCCAUCAAGCGCCCAGAGCCGGCCGCCGCCGCACGGCCCCGAGGAGGACCCCGAGCCCAAUAGGCUGGAGCUCAAGGUCAUCAACAAGGAGUCCACCGUCAUCUCCAACCUGCGCCACUUCACCAGCUACCAGAUCGAGAUCCACGCCUGCAACCACGAGACCGACCCCUCGCGCUGCAGCAUGGCCGCCUACGUCAGCGCACGCACCAUGCCCGAGCUGCGAGCGGAUUACAUUCCGGGUCCCAUCGCCUUCGAGGUCACCGACUACACGGCACACAUCAAGUGGAACGAACCUAAAGACCCCAACGGCAUGAUCAUCCUCUACGAGGUCAGCUACAAGAGACUCGGAGACACUGAGGAGCUGCUGCAGUGUGUGUCCAGACAGAGCUACAAGACGGACGGCGGCUGCAAGCUCCGAGUGGUGCACCCUGGGAACUAUACGGUGCGGAUCCGACCCACCUCCCUUGCCGGCAACGGCUCCUGGACUGAGCCCACGCACUUCUUCGUGCAAGACCGAGUGGACCCGACCAGUAUGCUGAAGAUUGUCAUCGGACCCGUCAUCUGCAUCUGCCUUCUGUUUGUAGUGAUGUGUGUUGGCUUCGUCGUUUUCAAGAAAAAGCAAACGGAGGGUCCCACUGGACGCCUGUACACGUCGCCCAACCCAGAGUACCUCAGCCCAGACGAAGUGUAUGAGCCGGAUGACUGGGAGGUUCCACGUGACAAGAUCAACCUGCUUCGGGAGCUUGGGCAGGGCUCGUUCGGAAUGGUGUACGAGGGUAUCGCCAAGGACAUCGUGAAGGGCGAGUCGCAGACGCGUGUGGCGGUGAAGACGGUGAACGAGUCGGCCAGCCUGAGGGAACGCAUCGAGUUCCUCAACGAGGCUUCCGUCAUGAAGGCCUUCACCUGCCACCACGUGGUGAGGCUUCUUGGUGUGGUAUCCAAGGGACAGCCCACCCUGGUUGUCAUGGAGCUGAUGACGCAUGGCGACCUGAAGAGCUUCCUGCGCUCCCUGCGCCCCGACGCGGAGAACAACCCUGGGCGUCCUCCCCCGACCCUGAAGGAGAUGAUCCAGAUGGCGGCUGAGAUUGCGGACGGCAUGGCCUACCUCAACGCCAAGAAGUUCGUACACAGAGACCUGGCCGCCAGGAACUGCAUGGUGGCAGAGGACCUGACCGUCAAGAUAGGAGAUUUCGGCAUGACGAGGGAUAUCUACGAGACGGAUUACUACAGGAAGGGAGGGAAGGGGCUGCUGCCGGUCAGGUGGAUGGCCCCCGAGUCGCUUAAGGACGGGGUCUUCACCGCCCACUCAGAUUGCUGGUCGUUUGGUGUGGUGCUGUGGGAGAUCAGCACCCUGGCGGAGCAGCCCUACCAGGGCCUGUCCAACGAGCAGGUGCUCAAGUUCGUCAUGGAGGGGGGAUACCUGGAUCGCCCAGAGAACUGUCCAGACCGCCUGCACAGCCUGAUGCAGAUGUGCUGGCACUACAACCCGAAGAUGCGGCCGCCCUUCCAGGAGGUGAUCGAGAUGAUUCGGGAGGACCUGCACCCUUCCUUCCAGGAGAUGUCCUUCUACUACAGCGAGGAGAACAAGCCGCCGGAGACCGAGGACUUCGACUUGGACCUGGAGAACAUGGAGAGCAUCCCGCUGGACCCGUCGUCGUACUCGCAGCGCGAGUCCAGCCUGGCGGGGGACGAGGGCUCGUCAGUGGGCCUGCGGGGGAGCUACGAGGAGCACGUGCCCUACACGCACAUGAACGGCGGCAAAAAGAAUGGACGCAUACUCUCCCUGCCACGCUCCAGCCCUUCCUAAUACACACCUACCUUCCUACCUCCAUUGCCCUAGCCCUGGCCCUGAUCUUGCCUUUGCCCCCAUCCCCUCCCCUCCCCCCCAAAAAACACCCCGCCACACUUUUUGACUGUCCCACUACCCCAACAGAGAAAUUACACAGCUUCGUCUAUAUAUUAUAUAUAUAUUAUGGUUUUUCUUUUUGUUUUUUUUCUUCAUUUCAUAGAUUUUCCUUUUUAUCACGCUCUACAGUGGCCCUUAAGAAAAAAUCAGACGAUCUCAGGACUUUUUUUUUCCUCCUCUUCUUCUAUUCUCUCUGCUGCCACACUAUGUCAGCGGAGGGGAUUUCUGCCCGGUUUUGUAUUUUAGCUAAAAGACAAAAACAUUUUCGCCUCUCACCUGACUGUAUUUUGUUUUUAUUUUUUAUUUUUUUUUAUAAAGAAAAAAAGAAAUUAUUGCCAAGUUUCCAGGACUGGUCAAAUGGAACAAACUGUGAAAUGAACCUCAUUUUGACUAAACCAAAAAGGCUGCUUUACUUUAUCCUUACACAGACUGUCACCCAUGGCAACAGUCCCCCUCACACACAUACACGUACAUUCACACACACACACACACACACACACCCCGCACAUAUCCAGUGCAACCCCCUCCCUCGCUGGGUUCCUCUCCAGGCGCUGAAGUGGCCUUAACGUAUCGGUGGCCUACGAACUUAACAGAACAGUGAAAGGUGUGUGAUGUGAGUGUGUCUUGUGCUCUCUGUCUUCAAGAUGUCAGUGGCAAAUAAAAGCAUGAGAUUUCUGGGAACUGUGGGGGGAGGUGGUCCUGCUCUGCCCAUCCACGAACAAAACUCUUGGCUGAGGAGCCGUGCGGAUGAGAGUGCUAGGAGCCACCUGCUCCCCCUCCUCUGUUGUCAUGACAACCCCCUUCCCCUCAGUAUUCCAAACAGUCACAGAGAAUGAACAGUUGUCUGUUAUUUUAGGGACAUUGCUUUUAAUUUAUUUGCGUUUUCUUUUCUUUUUAUUUUGUUUCUUUUUCCUCUUGUGUUCUUACAUUACAGCUGAAGGAUAUUUAAACUGUUUUCAAGACAUUUGACCGGGGUUCCUCAGAUUGACCAAUAGCUGCUGCUUUGUUAUAUAUUAGUGGGGAUAGAAGAUGAAAAGUAUAUAUAAAUAUUAUAUUGAUGUUUUUGUACAUAGUGAUAUGUUGUCAUUGAAAAAAGAGGUUGUUGCUGUUUGUAGAGAUGCUUUUACGUUUGUCUCUAAUCUUUAUUUUUUCUAAUCCAACAACAAUCCUACUAAUCAUCCUCUGAAUCUCUCAUCUGCCAAUCGCACCAAUUGCUCGUUUUCUUUUACAUUUUAUGUUUGUUUUUUUUUCUUUCUCUCUUUCUUUUGUUUUUGUAUCAGACACAGGAGGAGUAUUUUAGUUGCCUUUGGCUUCAGAUGUCAGCCCUUGAUAUCAUUUUGAAAACACUGCUGUAAAUAAAACCAGGAGGACAGCAGGCGGUGCGUUCGACAAGA